AUGAAACGGGGGAGUAAUUAUCAUAAGAAUAACUGUGACAAAAUUUGUUUCCUUGAAUAUGUGGUGAAGAGGUACUCAUGGCGCCACCAAAUCGUCUGCUUAGCCAAACAUGGCUAUCGUGCUGUGGUGCCUGACUUGAGGGGUUAUGGAGAUACUACAGGUGCACCCCUUAAUGAUGUUCCAAAGUUCAGUGUCUUUCACCUUGUGGGUGAUAUUGUAGCACUGAUUGAAGCCAUAGCUCCAAAUGAAGAUAAUGUUUUUGUUGUUGGACAUGACUGGGGUGCCACAAUUGCUUGGCAUUUAUGCCUUUUUAGGCCAGAUAAAGUUAAAGCCUUGCUGAAUUUGAGUGUCCAUUUUCCCAGAAGGAACCCACAGAUGAAUAUUGUUGAGAGGGUAAAGGCUUUCUAUGGGGAAGAUUAUUAUAUUUGCAGGUUUCAGGUACCAGGAGAUAUCGAAGUUGAAUUUGCUCCAAUUGGUGCUAAGUCUAUUCUUAAGAAAUUUUUGACGUACUGUCAUUCUGAAUUUUAG